AUGAAAUCGCUGUCAACGCAGCGAGCUGGCUUCACAGCUUGUGUAUUCUCGGGCGGUGCAAUUCUUGUAUGCCUCAUUUAUGUGCCAUCUCUGGUCACGAAGAUUCAAAGUAUCAAUGACCAAUUGAAAGUGGAUAGUGAAGAGUUCAGAGCAAUGGCUGAUUACACUUGGAAAGAGUUGGUAACAAUGAGAAGAGGAAAACGUCAGGCUUACGGUGAUUCUCCAAAAAAACAAUAUCCACUUCAUACCGCCUAUGUAAAGGAAGACGCUUUUGUUGAGGGAUCAAGCACUUGUAGUUGUAAUCAAAAUAAUGGAUGCCCAGCAGGAUCAGCUGGAACUCCAGGAAAACCGGGUCUUGAUGGAGAACCAGGAAAGUCUGGAGAGCCCGGAGCACCUGGACUAGCUGGAAUCGCUCCACCGGUAACCAUUGACCCCACAAAAGGAUGUAGAGUGUGCCCGAAUGGACCACGUGGUCCAACUGGACCACCAGGAGACGCUGGACCAUCUGGACCAGAAGGACCACCAGGAAAUCCAGGAAGAAUCGGAGAGCAUGGUCGUGAAGGAUAUCCAGGACAACAAGGAAUUCCAGGAGAACCAGGAAAACCAGGAAAACUUGGAGAAGUCGGACCAAAUGGACGUGAUGGAGUUCGUGGACAAAAGGGACCGAUUGGACCAAAAGGAGAUGCUGGACCACCAGGUCAAAAAGGACCAUCUGGAUACCCGGGAAGAGAUGGACAACGAGGAAAUGAUGGAGAAAGUGGUCCAGUUGGACCUGCUGGACAAUUGGGAAUGCCAGGAGAGCCAGGACAAAUUGGAAUGGUUGGAGCUCCAGGAGCACCAGGGCAAGACGCCAGCUAUUGUAAAUGUCCAGAGAGAAACGCAGGAGUCAAUAAAUUCGAACCACCCCCAGCAGAGCAACCAGGAUAUGAGCCACAACCAUCAACUUCUCAGCCGGCCACCUACGCUCCAGCUACACCAGGACCAGACGCGGCAGUGGAGGCUCCUCGUUCACCAUACCGCAAAUGGAAGUGGUUGCAGUAG